CAGUAUAUCCAAUGCACAAAAAUACGUGUACCCUUUGUGGUACCAUUUUUUGGUUUGCUGCAUCACUUUCUCUCUGUAUCUGGGAUCUUCUCGAACCCAUUCUUAAUUGAUGAUCAUUUGCUCUUCCUAGAAUCGUGUACUACAGUACUUACUGAAAAAAGGAACAAACAGGAAGGAAAAGAAAAGACUUUGAUUUUGAUAGUUCUUAGAUCAAAUUUAUUUCCAUGGCCAUUGCUCACUACUUAAUAGCUGCCGCACCAUUUGAAACUUCAAAUGCCCUGUUGAGGAAAUCAAUUAUAACUCCUCAGUUUCCCUCGAUUUCAAAUUCUUUUCUGUCUUACACCCGCUCUUCUUUUGAGCCCAGUAUUAGGACUUCAAAGCUCUCUUUCUUCUCCAAACUCCGCCAAUUCGGACUUAAAGUGAAGGCUGUGCCUGAAGAGGCAGAAGCCCCAGUUGUUGACUCCUUUGGUCAGUUUAAGCAUCUGCUUCUUCCAAUUACAGACCGUAACCCUUAUUUAUCCGAGGGGACAAGACAGGCUGCAGCAACCACUGCCUCUUUGGCGAAGAAGUAUGGUGCUGAAAUAACAGUUGUAGUUAUUGAUGAAAAGGAUAAAGAAACAUAUCCAGAGCACGAGAGACAACUAUCUAGUAUCCGAUGGCAUUUAUCUGAAGGUGGGUUCCAAGAAUUCAAGCUGUUAGAACGGCUUGGUGAAGGGAAAAAGCCAACAGCCAUAAUUGGUGAGGUUGCUGACGAUUUAAACCUUGAUUUGGUGGUCAUGAGCAUGGAAGCCGUCCAUUCCAAGCAUGUGGAUGCGAACCUACUAGCUGAGUUCAUUCCAUGCCCCGUGCUUCUUUUGCCACUUUGAAAAAAUGAGGAGAUUGGUUUUCAAACUGCAGCUAUUGAGUGGAGCCUGUGUUCAUUGCUUUAACAUGCAAGCUGAUGGUGUGUUUGAAUAGACUCUGUUUCACCUACAUCUUCCCCAAACAUCCUUGCAUCAAAGAUGUUAAUCUUCAUUGGAAUCACAGAUUUACAAUCUUUGCUUAGCUUAGGAAGGAUAAGGCUCUGUUACAGAAUGGUUCAUUUCUCCAAAAUUGAAAGGUGUACUUUGAAUUUUGAAAUUAACCAUUGCUUUGCGAACUCUCAAAACUAGAUGUCCUAAACUAGUUUCUCUGUUAGAUUUAUGAACAUUCAAAGAAUCAAACGUAGGGACAAAAACCAUUUUUGGUGAACCAGAAUUGAUCAAUAGAGGGAGUGGUGCACCGAAGAAAAACAGAAAGAAUCACAUACUAAUCGUACGGAUGAGGGUUGUCAAGUUACCCUUUUUUGCAAUGGUGUUACGGCUUUUAGAGGAAUCGAAGAAUCUUGUUAUUGACUUUCUCGUGCAGCUUGUAUAGCUUAUUAGGUUGGGGAGAAAAAUGAUUCUGUACGCCAUACCAUAUAAGGUAAGAUAGAUUCAAUUAAUAUAUAAUAAUACUAUGAAUAUCGAGA